AUGCCCCGGUCAGACGAAGCACAAGCCUUCUUCCACGCCGUAUACUCAGCCGUUCAAGAGAUCCCCCACGGCAAAGUCACGACAUACGGCCACAUCGCCAUGCUCGUUGGAACCCCUCAAAGACCUCGUCAAGUCGGUGUCUGUCUAAAACACCUUCCCGCCGAUCCGUCUCAGCCCUUCAACCAUGAAAACGUUCCAUGGCAAAGAGUCAUAAACUCCAAAGGCCAAAUAUCGCCUAGAUCUCAACCUGGAGGAUCCCGCUCACAAGCUGAUGCCCUCCAAGCAGAAGCCGUACAAGUCGAGACAAACGCAAUGGGCGAACACUCAGUAGACUUCUCCAAGUACGGCUGGUUCCCAGAACUACUCCCCUCAGAAGAAAACGAUCAAGGCGAAUGA